UUCUUCCUACCGAUUUUGUCCUUGAAUCUAUGGAAUUUCAAGCACACUGUUUGACGAUUUCGUCUUUUUCGGCUCGGCAACACUGCUAGAAGGUGAUACAUACAGAACAAUAAAGUUUUGUCGUUUUGUAGCGUGUGUCUGUAGCCAUACUCUACGAUUUGUGAAAUCAAAAUUUACCUGUCUUUUUUAUGAAUGACAAACAACAUCAAAAUAAACAAUUUCUCAUUAGUUGUCAGAUAAUUGAUAAAUUUAUUAUACAACUGCCACUCGUGGUAAAAUAAAGAAAUGGACUGAUUUAUAUACAAAGAAACUAAAUUUCGCGUAAAAAUGUGAGAAAAUGGUCUAUAAUCCACAAUGGCUGAGGAUAAGUUAUUUGUGUCUUUUGCAUGCCAACGAUGUUCACAAAAUCUUCGACUAGACGAAUCACUACAUUCUUUCAGUGAGCAUACAUCAGCUGAGCUCAACUUACCAAUACAUUCCAAUCCAGAUGUUGAUCUUGAAUCACAGGCCACUAGCUUUGAUCACUAUGUGCCACCAUGUAGACUGUCAGAUUCUGUAAAUGGUGCAAAUGGAUUCAUGUUGAUCUCUGAUGAAAAUGAAGUGGAUCUGCUUAGUCACCAGUUCAAGGUCAAAGCUGCUCUUUUCGAUACCCUUUCAGGGAAUUCCAACAUAGAUCAUCCUUUAUGUGAUGAAUGUACAGAUAAUUUGAUAGAAAUGUUAGACCAGCAGCUGAGGAUCACACAAGAAGAUUAUGAUGAUUACAAUAAAUAUUAUAAAAUGUUACAGAAUGAAAAAGAUGAACCAAAGCUAAAUGAAUUAGAGAAAGAGCUGAACGACCUGAAGGCAGAAGAGGAAAGGUACUUGAGUGAAUUGGAUGCACUUUGUAAAGAAGAGGAGGAAAUGCGAAAAGCCAUAGAUGAACAGGAGGCCAUAUCAAAAAAAAUCGCCCAGGAGGAGGAACGAUAUUGGAAGGAAUAUGCGCGGCAUAGGAGGGAUUUCUUGAUGCUUGAAGAGGAGGGCAGAAGCAUGGAAUGCCAGCUGAACCACGCGAACGCCCAACUGGACCGUCUGCAACGAACCAACGUAUUCAAUGCAACUUUCCACAUUUGGCACAUGGGUCAUUUCGGUACCAUCAAUAAUUUUCGUCUGGGCAGACUGCCGUCUGCACCGGUAGAUUGGUCGGAAAUCAACGCUGCCUGGGGCCAAACUGCCCUGCUUCUGUCAGCACUUGCCAGGAAGAUCGACCUGAUAUUCAAGCGGUACAAACUGGUGCCGUUCGGAAACCAUUCACAUAUUGUUUCUUUAGAUGAAGAUAAAGAGUUGCCCCUGUAUGGUUCUGGAGGUUUUAAGUUCAUGUGGGACACAAAGUUUGACAGUGGCAUGGUAGCCUUCUUAGAUUGCCUGCAGCAGUUCCAAGAAAAGGUUGAGAAGCUUGAAAAAGGAAAUCAGGCAUUCUGUUUCCCAUAUAGAACUAAUAAAGGCAAAAUUGAAGACAAGGAUGCAAGCUACUCUAUCAAAAUCCAAUUGAACUCCGAGGAACAGUGGACUAAGGCUCUGAAAUUCAUGUUAACAAACUUGAAAUGGGGCCUAACAUGGGUAUCAUCGCAGUUUAAUAGCGAUGGAGAAGAAAUACUAUCAUCAUCAGACAAUUAGCCCUAAUUUAUUUAUGUUUAAAAGGAACGUUGACGUUCUUUUUACAAAAUGUAAAAGUAAUCAAUUUUAUGCAAUAUGAAUACUAAAAAGUCAUUUAAAUAUUAAAUAUAUUUAAAUAUAAACUAUUUUUGUUAUCCAAUUAUCAGACUGAUUUCUUGUACAUAUUAAAGUUUGUCC